AUGUCUUCUCGCCGACCAGCAAAACGGCCCACUGCAGGGGCUAGCUCCGGCGUGGUCCUCCGAGGCGCCUCCGGCUGGUCAGCGUUUCACGAGCACCAGUACGGCUCUGCGCGCUGGAACCGCCUCCUCCAGGCCCUAGCCGGUGAAGGGCGUUUCGCCGCCUUCGUGGCUUCUGCGGAAGGAGAAACCUGCCACCGACAAACCCCGGCCGCCUCGGUUCCGCCCGACUCGCACAAGCGGGAAGACCUGAGGUGUACAUACACCGCAAGCAGCGAGGAUAGAAAAGAUGCACGAGUCGGCGGAGGCGAGAACCGUUCCUGCGGGACGUCAGAAGGGACAGAGCGGAACGCCUGUGCAAAUCGACCUCUGCACUUUCAGGGAAACCCACCUGCGUUUUCGCAAGAGGUUCGGGAGGAGUUGCUAGAGUUUCUCCACCUUCGAACAAGUGGAUUGCCGUCUCCGAAUGUUUUCCUUGUACCGCGAAACGGGAAAGGCGGAGAAGAGAAGUCGCUCGACGCAGUUGACGAAGAUCAAUCUGAGCAGUCGAGACCGGGCGAAUCCCGCGCCUCUUGUCAUCCUCUCCCUCCAGUUCCCCCGUCUUCCUCUCCUACGGCAGAGCCCUCCAUCAAGGCUGCCUGCGCUGUCGCCUCCUCGGCUGAUGCUUCCCUCUCUUCUCCGUCGCCGUCCGGACCUUCGCCGUCCUCGGUGGCGUGUUCCACAGGUUCCUCUUCGGUAGCUCGCUCGUGUUCGCCCUCUCCUUGCGCCGCCUCCACUCCGACAUCCUCGUCGGGCUUCUCGACAGUGACGAGGGAUCGUGAGAGGAGCGCUCAGGAAACAGCACUGCUGGAAACUCUGGAGAAGGAAAAAGUCUACUAUCUGGACGGAGCUUCUGCCUUUGCGGCGUGCACUCUACGCGUAUCUCCUGGAGACAGGAUCCUCGACCUCUGCGCGGCACCCGGCGGCAAGUCGCUCGUCCUCGCGAGUAUGCUCUUCUCUUCCACUUCGUCUCCCCCCGUCAGCGGAAGCGUCCCGCCAUCCCAGAAGCAGAAAUCCCGCGACGCUGGAUUGCUCGUCUGCAACGAGGCGAGUCGGCCCCGAAUGGAAAGACUCCAGAAAGUGCUGCACACGUUUCUGCCACCGGAAAUCUUCAACAAGCGGCUGGUCCAAGUCACGUGUGCAAGCGGCACCAAGGGAGGCUCAUACGAACGCUUUCGGCCAUUCGACAAGAUCCUCGUGGACGCUCCGUGCUCGUCAGAUCGGCAUCUGCUGAAGCAGGGACGGUCAGCACUCGCCUCGUGGGCAUCGGGGGUGCCUAAAACGCAUGCUGAGCGGCAACUGCAACUUCUGAAGGGCGCGCUGGGCCUUCUCCGGGUCGGCGGCGUUCUGCUGUACAGCACCUGUGCUCUGUCUGAGGUGGAGAAUGAAAAGGUCGUCGAAAAACUCCUCAAAAGCUGUGGAGGCAGCGUCAAAGAAAUCCCACUCCUAGUCGACCCUGUCCGUCCCGCUUCUGCCUCGGGCUUUUCUCGUGUUGCCGUGCUUCCUCACUCUGCUCCGGUCGAAGCGGCGAAGGAGACUACGGAGACACACGAGACUUCCGGGGGGAGAAGCCUCCCGGUCGCGGUGUCUCCGCACUCGCGGCAUCCGUCGCCGGGACGCGUCGAAUCUUCCGGUCCUUCUGACACAUCAACGCGAGAGAAACGAUCUGAAGACGAGGGCGGGGAAAACGCCGGUGACCGUCCUCCGCUGUGGAUCCUCGAGACGCGAGAACGCGGCGCGAUCAUGCUGCCUGACGCCCCCGCGGGAUUCGGUCCUCUCUUCAUGUGCAAGCUGCAGCUGGUCGCGCCUCUCCAGAGACGCCUCUAG